AUGGGCGGCUCAGCAUCCGGUGGGGUCAGUAUGUCCGGAAGGAAGGCAUACGCACGUUCCGCUAGGGCCGAUGCUCCUCGACGCGACCCCGAGGUCGCGUUCCCUCCCGAGGGCGCUGAGCGACCAGAGCAUGAUGAUGCGCUCAUGAUAAUGGCUCGAAUCGCCAACGCCCAGGUGAGGAGAAUCAUGAUCGACACGGGGAGCUCAGCCGAUGUGCUCUACCUUGAUGCUUUCCAGAAACUUGGGUUAGCCAAAGUGCCCUUGGAGCCUAUCUGCUCGGCGCUCACAGGGUUCACCGGCGACUCGAUCUCACCGUUGGGAGCCGUCACCUUGCCCUUGACUCUGGGAGCUCCCAGAACAAAGACGGUGAUGUCCACCUUCUUAGUGGUUGAUCUCCCUACGGCAUGCAAUGCCAUCCUCGGUCGCCCCACCCUCAACAAGAUUAGAGCCGUAGUCUCCACCUACCACCAGACGGUGAAGUUCCCGACCCAUGCAGGGACAGGGGAGGUCUGGGGGAGCCCUCGUGAGUCCAUACAAUGCUACCUGACGACGGUUUCACUACACAAAAGGGCAAAGAUUGACCGAUCCCUAGAGGACCCAAGGGAGACGAAGCAGCCGACCCCACAUCCUGAGCCGACGGCGCCCACUUGUGACAUACCAUUGAUGAAAGAUCGGCCGGACCGGACGAUCAAAGUCGGAUCGGAACACCCCGAGCAAGAGCGGGAGCAGCUUGUCGGCUUCUUGCAGGAGAACGCCGACGUCUUCGCUUGGUCGCCAUCUGACAUGACGGGCAUCAACCCAAAGACUGCCCAACAUCACCUAAACAUAUCACCCGAUGCCCGGCUAGUGAAGCAAAAACCACGAUGCCAAGCUCUAGACAGACAACAUGCCGUCCGCGAAGAGGUGGAGGGACUCUUGGCAGUUGGCUUCAUAGAGGAAGCCAAGUACCCGCGAUGGCUAUCUAAUGUAGUUCUGGUGAAGAAAUCUAAUGGGAGCUGGAGGAUGUGUGUUGACUACACCAGUCUUAAUCGUGUUUGCAUAAAGGACUGCUAUCCCCUCCCGAGGAUCGACCAGCUAGUCGACGUAACUGCCAAGCAUGCCCGCCUUUCGUUCAUGGAUGCCUUCUCCGGCUACAACCAAAUCAAAAUGGCGCCCGAGGACCAAGAGCACACGACCUUCCUCACUGAUCUAGGAGUGUAUUUCUACAAAGUAAUGUCGUUCGAGCUGAAGAAUGCAGGUGCUACCUAUCAGAGAGCCGUGAACAGGAUGUUUGCCCAAUAA